GACAAGGGGCUAAGAGCGAGAUUCUACGCAGUCAGUUCGUCUGGGGUCUCCCUCAAGGAACUGCCAAAGCUUUAGUCCUAGCUAAGUAUGAGGACGGUACUGUGCCGUUGGAAUCCCUCGUUAUUCUUGCCAAGGACCAUCUUAAAGCUGCGCGCUUCGAGGGGUCGAAGAGCAUCGAGAUAGCCGCUGCAGCUAUGCGUAUGCGUGCAGACCAAGGCAAGGGCAAGAGAGGGUGGCAUAGGUCUCCUGGCAAGGGCAAAG